UUUUCCCUCCCUCUCGCGGGGUAUCGGGUGCGAAGAGCCGGGUCUUGCGUCCUCCGGGGACUCUGGUAUAUAGUACGAGUGCAAGUAUAUUUUUCGUCGAGAGUGUGUGUGCACGGAUAAAGGAAGCAAAGAUGCUGACCAUGUCGACUUUGAUGAUGCCGACGACGAUGACGACGAUGACCAAUCCCGGGCCCAUACCGGCUCAUAGUAUGCCGCUUCAGCAGCAGCAACAGCAGCCGCAGCUGCAUCAGCAGCAGCCGAAGCUCGAGCCGCCGAAGCUACAGCCGGUGCCGUCCAUCGCUCACGCGCCCAAUCAGACAACCAACCCCAAUAAAUCAGAACACUACCAUAUAUUCGUCGGGGAUCUGAGCCCGGAGAUCGAGACACAGACCCUGAGGGAAGCGUUCGCCCCUUUUGGAGAAAUCUCAGACUGCAGGGUCGUGAGGGAUCCACAGACGAUGAAAUCCAAAGGCUAUGGCUUCGUCUCUUUCGUGAAAAAAGCGGAAGCGGAAAGUGCCAUCGGCGCCAUGAACGGACAGUGGCUUGGCAGCAGGAACAUCCGGACGAAUUGGGCGACCCGCAAGCCACCGGCGCCCAAAUCUGAGGCGAACGCGAAGCCACUGACGUUCGACGAGGUUUACAAUCAGAGCAGCCCGACCAAUUGCACCGUCUACUGCGGAGGCCUGACUAAUGGCCUCACGGAGGAGCUCAUGCAGAAGACCUUCUCGCCCUUUGGCUCGAUCCAGGAAAUUCGAGUUUUUAAAGACAAGGGCUACGCUUUUAUCAGGUUUUCCACGAAGGAGUCAGCGACGCACGCCAUAGUCGCUGUUCACAACACAGACAUCAACGGCCAGACGGUAAAGUGCAGCUGGGGCAAGGAGAGCGGCGAUCCCAACAACGCCCAGCAGACCGGACAGGCACUUUCGUCGGCGACGUACCCGUACUACGCGGCAGCGGCAGCGGCAGCCGCGGCAGCCGCGGGUGUAGCCGGGGUCGGCGGUGUUGGUGGUGUCAGCAGUGCCGGACAACUUGGCUACUGGUACCCACCUCAGUCUUAUCCGACGACGGCGACGCAGAUGCAGGCCGGUGGUUUCUUGCAAGGCAUGCAGGGAUACACGUACGGACAGUUCGCUGGUUACCAGCAGGCUCAGUACAUGGGAAUAGGUAUGGGCGUACACGCGGCAGGCACGGCGGCAGGUUGGGGCCAGGGUUUGCCGGGUGGGCCACAGCUGCAGCCCCACCACGCGACAACGGUGACAGCGCCCCCUGGCGUUCAGGCCGCGCCGCCCCCGCCCCCGCCACCCGCGCAAAUGAUGGCUUAUCCCAUGCAGCAGUUCCAGCUAGCGGAUGAGGACUGGCUGACGCCUAGCCUCCUAGUGUGAUGGUAAGCAAGCGCGAAGACAGGAUCAUAGGCCCAACGGCGCUGACCACCACGACGACGACGACGACAGCAUCAACACCACCAACAAUCGAAUCACCAACUGGUUCGCCAACGACCGAACCGAUCGCCAACAAUACGACUCCCACGACCACGAUCGUCAAACCCACGACCGCGAGUAGCGCGACAGUCACGAUGACGAUCGAGCAGCGACCAAGACGCCCGAGGAGCAUCAGCGCGGAACCAAAGAUCACCGCUAACCAAGGACGCGUCGAGCCCGUGCCGCUGCCCGCCUGACGUGACCUCCUCCUCCUCCACCCCCUGCUUCGUGACAAUGCACACAAGGACGUGUGCACAUAGGAGACCCACGUUAAUGCGCGUGGGGGGUGGCGUUGCGUUGUCUUUCUCGCGGGAUGGACGAGCGAGUGUUGUUGCAAUAGCUGACGCGUGUGAGUUAUACGUGACACUUGAAGGUAUAUAUUAGAGUUGCUUUCGAUGACCGAAGGAGUGAACAUGUAGAAUAAUUUACGCGUAAACACAAAUAUAUAAAUAUGUGCAUGGGUGUAUUGGAAUAAAAAAUAAGAGGGAUAUUCUCACGGUUCAGGGGGUGGGAGGGGGUGCGCCGUUGUAGGGAAGUAUAGCAAAGUACGUAGCUCCGAGCACACUAUAAGAUAUAAGGUAUUCACUGAAUAAGAGAGAGAGAGAAAACAUUUAAAUGCAAAAAAAAUUUUUAACAGCGCGCAACGAAGCAUGACUUUGAGAGACGGAGUGAUGAAAUUUUAAAAAGGAACGUUAGCACAGCGUGAAUGAAGAAACAGAAAGAAAAAAAAGAAAAAAUAAACACAUAGCGAAGACGCGAUUCGUUAUUUUUGUAGAUUACAGUGGAUAAGAGAGCGCGAAAGCGAGUGGGAUGAAAAAAAAACGCUAAAAACGUAAAAAAAAAAAAAAAAA